GUGUAGUGUAUGCAUAAAUCAUCACAUAACAUGCUGCAGCAGUGUUUAAUUCCUCAAAAAUGCCUUUGCUGAUAUCAGUAGUGAAUCUCCCCUGUGGAGUGAGCCAGCAUGGCCUCUGCCCCAGCACAGCAGCCCACGCUCACUGUAGAGCAGGCGAGAGUUGUUCUUAGUGAGGUGAUCCAGGCUUUCUCUGUGCCUGAGAAUGCAGCCCGCAUGGAGGAAGCCAGAGAAAGCGCAUGCAACGACAUGGGCAAGAUGCUGCAGCUCGUGCUUCCUGUGGCCACUCAGAUCCAACAGGAAGUCAUCAAAGCAUACGGCUUCAACAAUGAAGGAGAAGGUGUUCUAAAAUUCGCCCGGCUGGUAAAGAUGUAUGAAACUCAGGACCCAGAGAUUGCAGCCAUGUCAGUGAAACUCAAGAGUCUCCUACUGCCGCCUCUCUCCACUCCUCCUAUUGGCAGUGGCAUCCCGACCUCAUAGAACAGCGCCAACCCCUUUGUCAAUUUUAACACAAAAGUACAAAUUGCUCAGACCACAGAAAAAUAUUUGAAUAAAAAGUUAACAAGUUAUUGGUGAACUUAUACAUUCCCAUUUUUUUCAGUGAAAUUAGUAUUCAAACCAUUGUCUUUCUCACAUAUUUAUUGUAACAACGUUUCGUAGAUCGGGUAGAUGGAUGCGGGAACCUGGCGAAUAUUUAAAUAUAAAACUUUAAUAAAUAUAUAAACAAACACAAAACUAAAGUAAAAACGGCAGCCCCUCACAGACGACUGCUGCAUUGAACAACAACAUAAAGUCCAGCUCCUCCGUGGGACUUGAGACCCGUAAGUGGCGCAGGUGACGCUCAUUAUCAUUAACUCCACUGGCUUCGCUCUAUUCCCAUGGCUCUUGGCCCCGCCCCACUCGUCACAUUUAUUUUUUGUAUUCAUUUUCAUUUUGCCAAUGUUGAAUGUGCGUAUUUAUCAAGCGUAACACUAAUUUGUUGAUUCCUUUUGAAGGCCAUGUUUGUUUUCAUACAGUUCGUAUUGAUUAUUGUCUCAUUUGGCCAUAUAAACAUAAAUGAUAACCUGUGACAUUGUUCUUGUGAUCAUUACUGUUUGCAAAACUGAUUAUUGUCACAUAAACAGUGUUUAUCCAAUAAAGUCAUUGUUUACUUAA